AAUCUUAGUCUCCAAGAAAUUAAAGAGCAGCAUCACCUUGAAGCUACACUUGUUGUGAUUGUGAAGAACAAAUCCCCUGCUAAUCUCUCCCACCGUUUCCAAACCAACCACACAGACAUAAACACAACCCUCAUUAUUUUUGUAACAUGUUUCAUCCGCAAAGAGACCAACAACCCACGAUUUCUUUUCCUCUGUCGAAUGGAAAAGGACACACAACAACUCAUACUUAUGACGCUUGGGGAGCCACAAACUCUGGUUUAGUACCUUCAAAGAAGCCACCUAAAAACUACAAGAAUUGUCACAGCUGCAACGACAUGGAAGUGCAAUUCGGAACAGGGUCAAAGGUGGAUGAUGAAUCUGGCAUGUGUUCCCCUCCUUUGUGGUCCACCAGUCCAUCAAAGAGUCCCCAUCACCGCAAAAACCACUACCGCUGCCUUUCCCCCGCUUCCAAGACUCAAGCUAUUGCAAGAGGCCAAAGGGAGCUCAUGGAAAUGGUUAAGAACAUGCCUGAGUCAAGCUACGAGCUUUCUCUCAAAGAUCUGGUGGAACACCCCAGACUUGAAGUUGGACAAGAGAAAGGGGUGAAAGGGGUUAAAGGGGUGAAAGGGGUGGAAGAGGCAGAGGAGAGGAAAUUGAACAACAAAAAUGUGCAUGCUAGAAUGGUUGAUAAGAAGGGUCAGGUUAAGAGAAGUGGGAAAAUUGAUAGUGGAGGGUUUUAUCUGAAAAUGGUGUUUCCAAUGUCUCUGGGAUUCAAAAAGAAGACCAAGAACGAGGCCUUGGUGAAUAAUAGUCCAAACAAGGUGUCUCCUAGAACAUCGGUUUCUGAUGGAUCUGCUAAGGGUGUUGAUAAAGAUUGGUGGAAGAAAAGCCUUUCAGCAUCUGGUGGAGAGAGUGAUAGUGGUGUUUCCAGCAUUAACAGUGGAAGCAUGAAGAGUUCUGCUAGCAGCAACAGUAGCAGUAGUAGCAGAAGUAAUAGCAGGCAUGAAGUGAGUGGUAGUAGUUGCUGGCCUUUCAUGCGAAGACUUGAAAUCCAAUCACAAAAAUAGAAGUUGGCUGAGAUUAUUAUGAGUACAAUUUGAUAUACGUAUAUGCAAUUAUAGUUUAUUGGGUUUUAGACAUGACAUGACACAUAAAAAACAUAAUAAUAAUGUGAGGAGUGUGUUUAUGAA